UUUCUGCUUGGAAACGGAGCAUAUGUCACUCAAGAGGGCUGCAGCUCAGCCUUUAGCCUGGUAGCCUCAAACAUUUUCCCUUUCAUGUGGAAAAGUUGGGAGUUCACUCUCCUCCGGUAAGAUGGAUAGAGCUUUUGACAACCUGGAUGCAGCUGGUUUCCUGGAAAUCUGGCAACACUUUGAUGCUGAUGACAAUGGCUACAUUGAAGGUAAAGAACUUGAUGACUUUUUCCAUCACAUGAUGCAAAGACUGGGUCCACAGGAGAAAGCCACAGAGGAGCGAGUCCAGGAGCUGAAGCAGAGAUUUAUGUCCGCCUAUGACGUCACCGCUGAUGGAAAGCUGCAGAUUCAGGAGCUGGCCAACAUGAUCCUGCCCGAGGAGGAGAACUUCCUGCUCAUUUUUCACAGGGAGGCCCCCCUGGACAACAGUGUGGAUUUCAUGAAGAUCUGGAGGAAGUAUGACGUCGACUGCAGCGGCUACAUUUCAGCUCAGGAGCUCAAGGCGUUCCUGAAGGAUUUGUUUGAGCAGCACCAUAGACAAGUGUCCUCUGACAAGCUGGAGGAGUACACUGAUGCCAUGAUGAAGAUCUUUGACAAAAACAAGGAUGGUCGUUUGGAUCUCAAUGACUUGGCCAGGGUCUUGGCCCUCGAGGACAAUUUCCUGCUUCAGUUCCAUCUGGAUGCCAGCAGUAAAGAAGAGAGAAAGAGGGACUUUGAGAAAAUCUUUGACCACUAUGAUGUGAGUAAAACUGGAGCUCUGGAGGGUCCGGAGGUGGACGGCUUUGUGAAAGACAUGAUGGAGCUGGUCAGGCCCAGCCUCUCGGGUCCUGAACUGGACAAGCUCCGCGCGGUUCUGUUGCGUCACUGUGACGUCAACAAAGAUGGCAAAAUCCAGAAAAAUGAGCUCGCUCUGUGUUUGGGAGUCAAGUCAUAGCCACAGUCGAAAUUCCUGCUACUACGAAACGCCGACUCUGUGCAUGUGAAGUGGUUUAUGGUAAAGUGCUGUGAGUACCUACGGGUUUAUCUGACUGCUGAGUCAGUUUGGUGUGAGGAUGACACCAGAAAAAUUAGUCUGUGAGUCGUGAUGAAAGCAGUUUAGCCACAAAGGUUUUCUUUAAGCACGUUGGCUAAAACUGACAUUUAUAUGCUUCUGCCUGAAAAGCUUCAUGGGAUGUUACAUGUGCUGCAGCAAAACUGAUUGUUUUGAAUUUAAUAAAGGAACUAUGCUGAAACUGA